AUGUUCUGGAGAGAAAGAGAAAGGGAGAGUAAGGAGCAGAAUGGGGGGCCUCCGGUCGGACAGGUCAGAGUGCUCAUUGUUGGAGACUCGGGUGUGGGAAAAACUUCUCUUGUUCAUCUGAUUAUGAAAGGUUCUUCCAUUGCACGUCCUCCUCAAACUGUUGGUUGUGCUGUUGAUGUCAAGCAUACAACCUAUGGCAACUCUGGUAGCUCAUCCAGUAGCAUCAGAGCUGACUCGGAGAGAGAUUUUUUUGUUGAACUCUGGGACAUUUCGGGGCAUGAACGCUAUAAAGAUUGCCGUUCUCUGUUCUAUUCCCAAAUUAAUGGCGUUAUGUUUGUUCACGAUCUUUCUCAAAGAAGGACAAAGACAAGCUUGCAGAAGUGGGCUGCUGAGAUUGCAGCAACCGGGACAUUCUCAGCUCCUUUAGCUAAUGGAGGCCCAGGUGGGCUUCCUGUUCCUUAUAUAGUUAUAGGUAACAAAGCAGAUAUUGCUUCAAAAGAGGGUACACGAGGAAGUAGUGGCAAUCUUGUAGAUGUAGCUCGGCAAUGGGUUGAGAAACAGGGGUUACUUCCGUCAAGUGAGGAAAUUCCUUUAACCGAGAGUUUCCCAAGUGGUGGAGGCCUUCUAGCAGCAGCCAAGGAAGCCCGUUACGACAAGGAAGCAGUGAUGAAAUUCUUCCGUAUGUUGAUCAGGAGGAGAUACUUCUCAGAUGACUUGCCUGGUGCAGGCCCAUGGUCUGCUCAAUUAAAUAGACCAUUGACACAAUCAAGUGAAAUCACGAGUGAUGAUGACCACCUGUAUAAAAGUUCAAGCUUAAUUGGAGGGGACCCAUACAAGUACAACACGCUGCCUCCGCUUCCAGCUCAGCGCAACCUGACCCCGCCUCCCACGCUUUACCCACAGCAGCCCAUGUCCACACCCGACACGUAUAACCUCCCGAGAUUCUCAUCCCAUGAGUUGCCCAGUGCACGAUCAAAACGUAUGGAUAUUAAUGUAUGA